GGCGUCCGGCAAACGUAAUUAUUGUCAACAUGGCGAAUGGUGCGGGAAGUAUCUGUGUGAAAUUUUCUGAGAAAAGUGGACGAACACAACUAGACGAAAUAGAUUUUUCUGGAUUAGUAAGCUCCUUACGAGAAAAAGUGUCCGCAGCCAUCGGUUUGCCGUCAUCUGAACUUUCGAUGGUUUACUGUGGUCGACUCUUACGAGACACAGACAGCUUGAAAUUCUAUGGAUUAGAAUCAGGAUGCACUGUCCAUGCACUGAGGAAGAAAGAACCAGUACCAACCGCACAAGCAGAACCACUGGAUGAUGUCGCCAUUCGUCACCUGAUAACCGCCCUUCAUGCUGCUCUACUAAACCCCGCCCACCGACAAGCUGUGCACAGGAUCCUGACAAGCACUGAAACCAUUGACAAUAUUAUCGCAGUGACACCUGGGUUAGCAUCAGACCACACGGCAGUGUCAAUGCUUCGAGACCCAGAGUUAUUGAUACAGAUUGCUGAUGCUGAUAAUGUGCGGAGGAUUGUUGGUGCACACCCAGCUAUUGGCCAUGCUGUCAUGCACAUAGCAGCGUCAGUCAAUGAAGAAGGCAUACAAACUGACCGAGCAAGAACUGCGGAAGCUGAGCAGGGCCCCCUUCAACCUGAUUUAUCAGAUGAUGAAAUGGACACUUCCUCCAAUGUAAGUAACCAUUCCAUAUCACCCUUUCAAGUCAUUGAAUGUUUCCUGAGUGCUGCUCUAGCAGGUGCCGGUGUAGGUUCAGCAGGAAGCAGUGCAGGUGCUUUUAAUACUCAGGGCACAUUUCAGCCCUAUAGUGCAACACCCCGACCCCAAAACCAAGCAGUCACAACCUCUCAGCCAUCAACUUCUACAUCCAGUCAAGGUCAGGGAUCAUCCUCGGGGUCAAGGGUCAGAGGUCAGUCAUCAAGCAGCCUCAUAACGGCUGACCUUUUAGCCCGUGCUCUACAGCAGCACCAGCAGGUAGCAACAGCGAGAACAACCACCUCCAGACAGGCACCUGACCAUUCUGAUGGAAGCACGCUGUCUGCUCAGCAGCUUCAGGUCCAGUUACAGCAGCUUCGUAGCAUGGGCAUCACUGACGAUACCGUCUCUCUGCAGGCUCUCCAGGUGACCGGUGGAAAUGUACAAGCUGCCUUAGAGCUUAUCUUUGAAGGAAGGCUGUAAAUCAUCAAGGGACUUCUUUUAUUAGUCGUAAAUGUCUUGUAUUGGAAACACUAAAUUGCGUUUUAUCACACAAGCUCAACAGCGCUGUGCAGUGUUAUCUUUUAUAUCAUGGAACAGGUUCAGGGAACAAGUAGCCAGGAAUUUUGUUCGCAAAUUACACCUACUGAAUGUUCUAUUAAUUUUUUUUAGGAAUUGUCAUUAAUUUUAUAAGGAGAUUGUGAACAAUAAGCAAAACUGUCAUAGUAUAACAAAGAUUAAAAAGUGGGAGAGAGAUUGCCAUUUCGAUGUCAAGUACUGACAAUUCUAAGCAGUGAAUGAUCGAAUGAGUAAGCUGUGUUUACAUUGUGUUGUGUGAUGAGAAGGUAAUAUCGGCAAGUUUCAGUUGGGAAGCUGUUUACCGUUGCAUGAGCUAAGAUGAUGUCAAAUUCACUUGGCUAGUUUUUAUGUUAUUUAUGCUUUAAUGUUUUUUAAUAUGUGCAAGACUUAUGUUCACUGCAUUUAGGUGAAGUAAAGUUCAUCGUACUUGAA